CACGCAGGCGCUGCGGGGCUGGCAGGUGUGCGGCGUGUGCACCUCGAAAGUGAUGGAACUCGGCGCAAGCGCCCCCGGGUAGCGCCGGUGAGGCUGCGGGGCCUGGCCCGGGCAGCCAUGGGUCUCCUUCGCCUGCUGGUUCUGGCGAUGCUGGCGUCCAAACCCGGUGUGACCGGUGGAGCCGAGGCCGUCGGGAACGCCAGCGAGGGUCUUCUUGAAUUUUCUGUAGGGAAGUUUAGAUACUUCGAGCUCAACAGGCCCUUUCCAGAGGAUGCCAUUUUGCGUCAUAUUUCCAGCAAUGUGUCUUUUCUUAUUUUCCAAAUACACUCACAGUAUCAGAAUACAACAAUUUCUUUUUCUAAGACUCUCCUUCCCAAUACCUCAGGGACAGGCACUGACAAAGGACUGGUUUUCAUUCUUAGACCAGAGCAGAGUAUGUGCACUUUGUAUUUGCAGACUUUAGAUGCUGAGCCUGUCCAAAACAUGGCCAUUCCACUCUCCUAUUCAGAAAGAGAUCCUAUCCCUGGAGGCUGUAAUUUGGAGUUUGAUUUAGAUAUUGAUCCCAACAUUUACUUGGAGUAUAAUUUCUUUGAGACAACUAUUAAAUUUGCCCCAGCAAACCUUGGCUAUGCAAGAGGCACAAAUCCUCCGCCAUGUGACAUUGGGAUGGAACGGGACUCUAGGUGGAGGUUGCUGUAUGAUGUCUAUCAGUAUUUUCUGCCUGAGAAUGACCUCACCGAAGAGGGGUUGCUAAAGCAUCUGCAGAGGAUGGCCGAGGUGCCUCAGGUGAAGGCCAAUGCUAUCAAGGUGGUUACCCUCACAGCUAAUGAUAAGACAACUGUUUCCUUCUCCUCCCUCCAAGGACAAGGUGUCAUUUAUAACGUUGUUGUUCGGGAUCCAUUUCUAAAUACAUCUGCUGCUUAUGUUCCUGCUCAUACAUAUGCUUGCAGCUUUGCGGCUGUGGAGGGUAAUUGUUCUUCCCUUGGAAGAGUGUCAACCAAAGUGUUCUUCACCCUUUUUGCCCUGCUUGGUCUCUUCAUUUGUUUCUUUGGACACAGAUUCUGGAAAACAGGUGGUUUGCUACUAGAAUUGUUUUUCAUAGGCUUUAUCUUCAUGGGAUUCUUCUUCUACAUACUGAUUACAAGACUGACACUUAUUAAAUAUGAUGUUCGUCUGAUUCUGACAGCCGUCGCUGGAAGCGUUGGUGGGAUUUUCUUGGUAGCUGCUUGGUGGAGAUUUGGAAUCCUCCUGCUCUGCAUGCUGUGUGUUGGAUUAGUGUUGGGCUUCCUCGUCUCCUCAGUGAUGUUCUUCGCUUUCCUGGGGAACCUAAAGAUUUUUCAUGAUGAUGGUGUGUUCUGGGUGACCUUCUCCUGCAUAGCUGUCCUCAUUCCAGUAGUUUUCAUGGGCUGCUUAAGAAUACUGAACAUACUGACUUGUGGACUCAUUGGCUCCUACUCGGUGGUCUUGGCCUUUGACAGUUACUUGUACACAAGCCUUUCUCAUAUCACUCUGAAUGUACUCAAGAGAGCACUCAACAUGGAUUUCCACAGAGCUUUCACAAAUGUGCCUUUUCAAACUAAUGACUUUAUUAUCCUGGCAGUAUGGGGGAUGCUUGCUGUGAGUGGAAUCACGUUACAGAUUCGAAGAGAAAGAGGGCAACCAUUUUUUCCUCCCCACCCAUACAAGUUAUGGAAGCGAGAGAGAGAGCGCAGAGUAACAAACAUCCUGGACCCUAGCUACCACAUCCCUCCAUUGAGAGAGAGGCUCUAUGGCCGAAUAGCCCAGAUCAAAGAGCUCUUCCAGAAGGAACAGCCAGCCGGAGAGAGAACACCCCUGCUUCUGUAGAUGCCAAAGGGGGUUGGUCAGUGUGGUCUCAAAGUACUGCCCAGGCGUUGCCUCAGCUUUGGUGUGUAUGCCCAGCCUGCUGCAGCAGUCUCCGGUGCAACUCUGAUAAGAAGAGGUGUAUGUAUGUGUGCUUUGCACAGUUUCACGGUGUCCUUAUUGAUGUGUUAUCAAAAGGUACCCUUCUUUUGUUUAAUUGUGGUAAAACACACAUUUACCAUCUCAGUCAUAAAGUAUAUAAGUUCAGUAGGCACUUUGUUUUUGUCCUUUAUUGCUUACAAUGCUAAUUUAAAUACUAAAUUAUGUCCGUUAUUUGAAAAUAGGGUGAUUUACAUAGAUCAGAUAUGGAUAUAACGGCCUCGGGUUUUUUCUUUAAAGGCCUUUUAAAAUAGUGUUGACCUCUGAUCUCUAAAAUGUGUUUGAAUUUUUUUUUUUAAGGAAACCGAUUGGCGCCUACCUUAAUCUGUAGUCCCUUUAGUAAGGAAACCUUUUAACAUUUGCAUUUUUUAGUUGUUUCUGCUAAAUUGGUUGUUAUUAGCAUCGAUGUAAAAAUAGUGUCAAAAAUUUUCUCUUUUGUGUGAAGACUUUGUACCAUCUAUAUUUUAGUGAUGAGGAGGGAGGGGGUCAAAAAGGAUUAAAGACUUUAAAGGAGCUACUUUUAAUCAGGUUCUUGGACUCUGUAAGGAAAGUUCCUUCCAUUUUGACCCUCCCCCCGCCCCAA